GGGGGAGUUUUAGUUCCGAGGUCUCGUUGAGUGGCGCGUUCGAAUAACCCACGCUGCGAACGAAAGCAGUGAGACGAGAGUGGUGGCACGGGGCCGGGGUUGAAGCGGCGGAGAGCCUGCGGGUGGAGCGGCGGGAAGCCGCGCGGGCGGGUGGAGAGGAGGCACCGAGAGGGGCGGGAGCCACACAGUGGCGUCCUAGUCGUGUCUAGACCCCUUUGAGGGGAGGAGCAGCGAAGAGGGGAUCUAGAGCGGAGGCUACAGUAAGGACCCGAUGAGGACGAUGAGGAGACUCCGUGGAGGGCAGUAGUGGUGGAUAGAUGAUCUGGAGAAACUACAAUCAGUGAGCGACUGCCAUGGGAGAAUCUGGAAAGGACCAGAGAGAUAGGGAGCCAGAUAGAAGGACAGAGGCGUGAAAGGGUCAUGGAGAUGGGCUUGGAUGGAAGUAGCAAUGUAGAAGGGCCGAAGAGGAUUCAGAAAGAUGUUUAUGAGGGAGAAAUUUGAAAAAAGAGAGAAGCCACCUAGAGUGAGCUUUUAAGAGUGCUGUGUGGAGGAUCCCUAGGGUCUAGCCAAUAUAUUGAAGGCACCUGAACCAGGCACCUAAGGCAUUGCAAGUAGGGACUUCCUCCAUUUGAUUAGGAAUGGGGGUCCUUCUCCGAAGCGGGUACCCGCUUCGUAUCCUGUUGUCCCUGCGUGGGGAGUGGAUGGGUCGGAGGGGCCUGCCUCGAAGCUUGGUCCCAGGCCCCCCUCGCAGACGGUACAGGAAGGAGGCUCUCCCUGCCUCGGAGGUACCAAUGCUGCCUGUAACUACAACUGAGAUCCGCCAAUAUUUGCGGACACAUGGGAUCCCCUUCCAGGACGGCCACAGCUGCCUGCGGGCACCCAGCCCCUUCCUGGGGGCCUCCCAGCUCAAGGACCAGACUGCUAAAACCACUUCCUUCAGUCUCUUCAUUGACAAGACCACAGGCCGCUUUCUCUGCAUGACCAGCCUAGCAGAGGGGAGCUGGGAAGACUUCCAGGCCAGUGUGGAAGGACGUAGGGAUGGAGAUAGAGAGGGGAUCCUGCUCGGUGAAGCCCCAGAAGCUGAGGACAUUGAGGAGAUUCGGAGGAUCUGGGACCGAGCAGUACCUCUCUGGGAGCUGCCUGAGCUGGAGGAGGCCCAGCUGACUCGUGUGAUGUUUGGCCUUACCAAAGUGACAGACGAUACUCUCAGGCGUUUCAGUGUGCGGUAUCUGCGGCCUGCUCGAAGCCUCGUCUUCCCUUGGUUCUCCCCAGGAAGUUUAGGAUUACGAGGCCUGAAGCUCCUACAGGCUGAAAGCCAGGCGGAUAGAGUGCGCUAUGUGGAGACCACCAUACCCCGGCCUGGUGCCUACCACAAUCUGUUUGGAUUGUCACUGAUAAGUCAUCGGGAUACUGAGGUGGUACUGACAGGUAGUGAGCUGGACAGCCUGGCCUUAAACCAAUCCACAGGGCUGCCCACUCUUGCCCUUCCCCGAGGAACGUCUUGCUUACCACCUGCCUUGCUCCCUUACCUCGAACAGUUCCGACGUAUUGUGCUCUGGCUGGGGGAUGACCUUCGGUCCUGGGAAGCUGCCAAGUUGUUUGCCCGAAAACUGAACCCCAAGCGAUGCUCCUUGGUGCGGCCUGGGGACCAGCAUCCCUGUCCCCUGGAGGCCCUGAACCGAGGCUUAAAUCUGUCUCGAAUUCUGCGUUCUACCCUACCUGCCUGGCACAAGUCCAUCGUGUCUUUCCGGCAGCUUCGGGAAGAGGUACUAGGAGAGCUGUCAAAUGUGGAGCAGGUAGCAGGCGUGCGCUGGAGCCGCUUCCCAGAUCUCAAUCGUUUCUUGAAGGGACAUCGGAAGGGCGAGCUGACAGUCUUUACAGGGCCGACAGGCAGUGGGAAGACGACAUUCAUCAGUGAGUAUGCCCUGGAUUUGUGUACCCAGGGGGUGAACACGCUCUGGGGCAGCUUUGAGAUCAGCAACGUGAGACUAGCUCGGAUCAUGCUGACACAGUUUGCUGUGGGGCGGCUAGAAGACCAGCUGGACAGAUAUGAUGAGUGGGCUGACCGGUUUGAGGACCUGCCCCUCUACUUUAUGACUUUCCAUGGGCAACAGAGCAUCAGGACUGUAAUAGACACAAUGCGGCAUGCAGUCUACGUCUAUGACAUUUGCCAUGUGGUCAUCGAUAAUUUGCAGUUCAUGAUGGGUCACGAGCAGCUGUCUACAGACAGGAUUGCAGCCCAAGACUACAUCGUUGGGGCCUUUCGGAAGUUUGCAACAGAGAGUAGCUGCCAUGUGACACUGGUCAUUCAUCCCCGGAAGGAGGAUGAUGAUAAGGAACUGCAAACAGCGUCCAUUUUUGGCUCAGCCAAAGCGAGCCAGGAAGCGGACAAUGUUCUGAUCCUGCAGGACAGGAAGCUGGUAACUGGGCCAGGGAAACGCUAUCUGCAGGUGGCCAAGAACCGUUUUGAUGGAGACGUGGGCGUCUUCCCACUUGAGUUCAACAAGAGCUCUCUUACCUUCUCCAUACCACCAAAGAGCAAGGCACGGCUUAAGAAGAUCAAGGAUGACAAUGGGCUAGUGGCCAAAAAGCCCUCUUCUGGCAAAAAGGGGGCGGCUGUGCCCCAGAACUCUGAGACUUCCUCGAAUGAGGCCCCCUACCCUUACCAGCCAGACCCCUCCAAGCUUCCGAGGUGAAGGAGGUACAGAGCUGGACCCUGGAUGAAUCUGACAGGACGUGCUGGGGCGCAGACUCCUCCUCGGCCCUCUGCUGGGACCGCCUCUGUCCUGUGUUCCCCAGCUCCAGGCCCUGCUCAGUCCCAGGGGCCUGGCCUAGGGCAGGGGCCCAUAGUGAGAAAAUUCAAUUUAGCAGAUAUUAGAGAACCUACUGUGUGCCAGGCUUUGUUCUAGGUCCCAGGAAUGUAGCACUGACGAGACAGACAAGUUUCCUGCCUCCAUGGAAAAUGCAGCCGGGAGGGCAGACAAGGUAACCUAAUGGACAGAUAGACACAAAACAAUUUCAGAUAGUGAAAAGUGCUGUUUGAAAAAUAAAAUGAUGCCAUAGUGCUUCCAGGCUAGUUUAGAUGCAGGUCUGAAAAGGUGUUCUGAGCAGAGGCCAUCUGAGCCGGGACAUAAAGAACUAGUACUGAGCUGUGGGCACACCUGGAGGAGGAGGACUCCAGGCAGAAGGGAAAGCAGCGAGAGAGGCCCUGAGUGGGGAAUGAGCAAGUUGAGUUCAAAGCAGUGGGGUCAGGUCCCCUCAGCCUGGAGAAUAGGAGCUUUCUUGCCAAAUGCCAGCCCAGGCUUCCGCAGCUAAAAGGGGACAUGGUGGGUACUGAGCUCCUCUGAUCCCCACUCUGGAGCCUGCUGCGUGGUGGCACUCAGUAUGAGUAGAUCCUAGGUGCUUCGCCCCGUGACAAAGGUGGCGGCUUGGCCAGAGAGCCGAGGCAUGAAGUCGGCCCGCCGCAGUGCCCGCCACCUCCAACCACUUCAGUGGGCGCGGUCAUCCCUUUUUAUAGAGUUUGUCCCAGUUUUACUGAAAAAAUAGAUAUAUUUUUCCACU